AACAGGGUACUUGCCCGUCUCUGAGUUCGAAUAAAUAUUCGAUCAUGACGUAAAUUGAUUAUCAGUCUGAUCGCAAUAACGAAACAGCCUGAUCAUCGUUCGUCCACUGUGGGUCAGAUUUUUACGCAACUACGAUAAUCAUCCACCAUGGUUCGUCCACUGCUCGUUGUGCUGGUUGUCUCGAUUCUCGUGACGUGCAUCCAGGAAUCAAUUGCACAAAACGAUAACGAGUGCGGAAAAAAUGAGGUUUGGGAUAACUGCGGAACUGCCUGUCCAGCGAAGUGCUCAACGAAGCCAUCGAAAAAACGAACAGCUUGCCCCAUGGUUUGUCGCCAAGGAUGCCGGUGCAAAGCAGGAUUUUUGAGAAGAGACGACGGAGCCUGUGUUAGGAGAGCGCAAUGUGCAGUGAACAAGGCCCAGUAGACAGAAAACAUUUUUGAUCCUCGAGCUUUUUGUACGAAAACGUUUGACUGAUAUUAAAAAAAC